AUGAUUAAGAAGCAGUAGGCAAUAGAAUAAAAAUAUUGGGAUAAGUUAAUAAAAAGAGUAGAAACAAAUAAAACAAACUGUUCACUGGAUAGUGAUAAAAUAGAAGAGAUUGAUGAACUCUAGUAAAUGAGGCUUAAACUAUAUGAAUAAAAGCUUGAAAUUGGAUAAAAUUAUCUAAGUCAUUAAGUUCCAAGAAAGUAGGUAUCGGACAUGAAAUAGCAAAUGUUAAAUGCCAAAAAUUAUAAAUCCAAAAUUAACAUAAGACGUUUGACGACCUAACUUAAUCAAAAGCAACUGCAAGAAUAGUUAAAAGAUGAGAAUGAUGAUUAUCUUUAAAAACUUAUUAAUGGAGAUAGAGAUCAAAUAAACUAAUAGAACAGAGCUAAAUUUAUGAGGUCUAACUCAUAACUGGAUAAGUAUUAGAGAAAGUUAAAAGAGGGUAAAAACAGUUUACUUCAAGUAAUGCUUGGAGAUUUGGAUCAUAAUAAAUCAAAGAAGCAGGUGGCAGAUCUUAUCGUUAAAUUUGAUAUGAGACUAGAUAGAGCAAAGGCCUUAAGAAAUUACUCUUUAUCAACUGCAAUGGUUAGCUAAUUUGGAGAUGGCUCUGCAUAUACCUUCUACAAGACAGGAUAAAUGUUCAGUUUAUAAAAUGGAGUGAGCCUGAACAAAGAAAAAAAGAGGUAAGAAGAAUUGCAAGAACUGGAGACAUUCAGAGAGAAAAUCCAAAAGCAGAUAGAGGACUAAAAGCUCUAAUAGUUAUAAAGGGCUUUGACAGGAUAAAGUAAGGAUGAAAAAAGAUCUACACUGAAUAAAACUCUAAGCUGGUCAAAAAGAUUCUCACAAUUAAAAACCAUUGAAAAUAUUCGAAGAUAAUCAUCUGUUUCAAGUGACUUUAAUGCUACUAAAAGCUCACUAGAGCGAGAUAAGAGCAUGGCUUCCAAACAUCAUUCGAAAUCAAGCCUUAGCAAUAGUAGCAAAGCCAAUAGUUUAUAAAAAUCCAAGAAUAAAGUUGUAUUUGCUAGCAUUGUUGAUGAAAAAGAUAAGUAAGACAAAGUCGUCCUUUUAGAAUAGAUCCAUGAAAUAGUUCAAGAUAGAUUUGAUUCUCAAAACAGACCUCAACAUUAAUCCUCAAAAUUUUAAAUUCCCAUUCCUGCUAGAUAAUCGGGCAAGAAACGUUUAAAGUUAAACAAAAGUAAGCAAUGUGCUAAAUUGAUGAGAGCUAUAAAUUAAAUGUCAAAAACAACUUUAACUCUCAGAUCUUGA